AUAUAUUUAUGCCGCAAAUUAUUUAAAAUAAUAUAUUCACAUUUAUAGAUAGGUUCAAAUUUUGUUGGUAGCUAGCUAGGUCCACAAAAACAAGAGAAAAAGACAUGUAAAGAAUCCACUCAAUAAUAACUAAGAAGAAAUAAAGUAUCAAACUAAUAAACUAAAUUAAACUAAACCAAAGAAAGAAAGUUUGCCUAGGUAUUGUAUAUAUAUAUACACAUAUAUACAUGGAGGUAAUUAUAAUUAAUUAAAGAUCAUAUAGUUUUAGUUAUUAUUAUGGCAAGGAAGGUAGAUGAUGAUGAAAAGGGUCAAAGUGAUGAAAAUUACACAGAAGAUGGGACAGUUGAUCUUAAAGGGAGACCAGUUCUAAGAUCAAACACUGGCAAAUGGACAGCUUGCUCCUUCAUUGUAGGUUAUGAAGUGUUUGAGAGGAUGGCAUAUUAUGGGAUCUCAACAAAUCUAGUGUUGUACUUAACAAAUAAGUUGCAUGAAGGGACUGUUACAUCUUCAAAUAAUGUCACAAACUGGGCUGGCACUGUUUGGAUGACACCUAUUUUGGGUGCUUACAUUGCUGAUGCUUAUCUUGGUCGAUACACCACUUUUCUCAUUGCCUCAGCCAUUUAUCUACUGGGAAUGUUGUUAUUAACAUUAACAGUUUCAGUUCCCGGCUUAAAACCACCAUCGUGUGGUCACGGUAUUAAAGUAGAAGAUUGCAAGAAACGAGCCUCGAAUUUUCAAGUAGGGAUAUUCUACUGCGCUUUGUACAUCAUCGCCAUCGGAACAGGAGGAACCAAACCCAACAUCUCAACCAUGGGUGCUGAUCAAUUUGAUGAGUAUGAACCUAAAGAAAAGAUGCAAAAGCUCUCAUUUUUCAAUUGGUGGAUGUUUAGUAUCUUUUUUGGUACCCUAUUCUCAAACACAUUCUUGGUCUACAUACAAGAUAAUGUGGGCUGGGCCAUUGGAUAUGGGCUUCCUACUAUUGGGCUUGCAUUUGCCAUAUUGGUGUUUUUGGUUGGCACCAAAUUUUAUAGGCAUAAAUGGCCUUCGGGUAGUCCUCUUACUAAGAUUGUUAUGGUGAUUGUGGCAGCUAUAGGGAAAUGGAAGGUAACUCUCCCAACUGACCCUAAAGAAUUGUAUGAGCUUAGUUUGGAAGAUUAUGCAAAAUCUGGCAAAUUCAGAAUUGACCAUACUCCAUCAUUAAGAUUUUUAGACAAAGCAGCAGUGAAAACCUCCACCAAUUCAUUAAGCUCACCAUGGAGAUUAACACCAGUAACCCAAGUUGAAGAAACAAAGCAAAUACUCAAAAUGAUUCCAAUCUUAGUGGCAACAUUCAUACCAAGCAUAAUGAUAGCUCAAGGCCAUACACUUUUCAUCAAACAAGGCACAACUCUCAACAGAUCCAUGGGACCAAAUUUCGAAAUCCCACCAGCUUGCCUUGCAGCCUUCAUCACAAUCUUCAUGCUCAUAUCCAUUGUCCUCUACGAUCGUUGCUUCGUCCCUAUUGUUCGCCGCUACACUCAAAACCCGAGAGGAAUCACUCUCUUACAAAGACUUGGUAUUGGUUUAAUCCUUCAUACAAUCAUUAUGGUAACAGCCUGUUUGGCUGAAAGGAAAAGACUUAGUGUUGCAAGAGAAAAUGAGAUCAAUGACAAACACCAAAUCGUUCCACUUACCAUCUUUAUUCUUCUUCCUCAAUUUGCUUUAAUGGGUGUUGCUGAUUCCUUUGUUGAAACUGCAAAGCUUGAGUUUUUUUAUGACCAAGCUCCUUUGAGUAUGAAGAGCUUGGGUACCUCGUAUUUUACAAGUAGUUUGGGUAUUGGAAAUUUUUUGAGUAGUUUUGUUUUGACAACGGUUUCGGAUUAUACUAAACGAGGUGGACGUAAAGGUUGGAUUUUGGAUAAUCUUAAUGUUUCUCAUUUGGAUUAUUACUAUGCUUUCUUGGCUGUGUUGAGCUUUCUUAACUUCUUUUUCUUUCUUUUUGUGGCUAAGUCGUUUGUUUAUAAUGUUGAUGUUACUGAAUUGAAGAAGGAUUUAGCCAUGGAAAUUUCUUCAAAGGACAAAACUUUAGUUCUUGAGAGUGAAGCUACUCAUACUGGACUUAUUAUCUAAUCAAUAUUGUUAUGUUGUUUCUUCUUAAUUAUUGUAAUCAUAUAUAUUAUUAAAGAUCUCAAUCAUUUUAAGGGUCAUUUACUUCAAAUUUUAUCUCAACAUUAUUCAUUUGCUUUCUUUAUAGAGUG